AUGAAGUCGGAGUCGUUUGAUGCCCUGAAUACCAUCCUGAUGACGUUCAAGGUCAAUCUUCAGCAGUUGGAAAAGUUGGGAGAAAACACUGAGAACUGGAGCACAAUUCUAGCAUUCAUGUUGUCGCAGAAGCUAGAUACAGCAACCCUUCGUCAAUGGGAAACUCAUCACAGUUCGAAGAACAUUCCUCAGUAUGAUGCUAUGACUGAUUUUCCGGGGAAGCAUUGCGCAAUUCUGCAUUCUACGUCAGCCCGCAGUUUAAGUGAUCAAAGAAGAUCAUUCAAGAGUUCAGCAGUUCACACGCUUGUUUCUGCUUCAUGUAAUUGUCCAGUCUGCAAUGGUGGACCGCAUAGCAUCGAACAGUGUCGUCGUUUUGACAAAAUGAGAGUGAUCGACCGAAAAUUGUUGAUCCGAAGACUUGGACUUUGCUUGAAUUGCUUGUGUUCUGGACAUUUUGUAGCAGAUUGUUCGAGACGUACCUGUGCAAAGUGUGGACAACGUCAUCACCAUCUUUUGCAUCCGUAUUAUCCAUCCGCUUCUAGCACGCAGAACCAAACGUCGAGCAUCCCAAACAGGCCUCAAGUCGCGAACUCAAACGCUCAAUCUCAGUCUCGUCAACAGUCAGUACAGCAUUCGCAAUCGCAUCAAUCCCAGAUGAAUAAUACUCAAAUAUCUCCACAAACACCCGUCCAAACCACCAUUCCACCACAUACACGACAGCCACCUCCCACAAAAACAUCAACUAUUUCUCACCACACUGCUACCUCACACAAUGUUCGUAGCCAGCGAAGCACCACACUUUUGUCAACCGCUCUCGUGAAACUCGCCGAUCGCUUCGGAAAUACGGUCAUCGCUCGUGCAUUGCUGGAUAACGGUUCUCAAAUAUGCAUGAUAACAGAGAACCUGUCUCAAAGGUUGAAUUUCAAGCGUUCACACGAGAACUUGCCUGUGAAAGGUGUUGGUGAUUCUAUGACAGUGUCGAAACAAUCGGUGUUAGCGAGGAUCCUGUCACGUUAUUCUUCAUUCGAAACCAAGGAUGUGAAAUUUUAUGUGUUGCCUCGAAUUACUGUGAAUCUGCCGCAGACAACUAUUGACAUCAGUUCCUGGAAGCUGCCAUCAGACAUCUGCCUAGCUGAUCCAAGGUUCCACGAAUCCAGUGCGAUAGAUGCAGUCCUUGGCGUAUCAGUUUUCUACGAGUUGCUGCUGAGUGAGCAGUUGAAACUAUCGGAUUCUGGUCCGAUUUUACGAAACACCGAACUGGGUUGGAUAGUUGCUGGAGAAAUAACUGAUAGUCCAGUCACCACGUUCAGCGCUGUUACAGCCUCAGUCACCACAGAAGAGAUACACGAGCAGUUAGCACGUUUUUGGGACUUGGAGUCAUGCCGAACGAAGAGCUGUCUUUCCGUCGAAGAAUCUACGUGUGAAUCGAUUUUCGAGCAGACGACAACGAGAGACGCUGAUGGAAAAUUUCGAGUGGUGCUGCCGAAGAAGCAGUUCAUGAUGGAACAUUUGGGAAGGUCUAAGGAGAUAGCAACCAAACGGUUCAUGGGCUUGGAGCGCCGUCUGACUGCAAAUCCAGAAAUGAAGGCUCUCUAUACUGAAUUCAUCCACGAGUAUUUACUGAUGGGCCAUAUGCGAGAAGUACGUAAGGAGGAGGAAGAACCUAUCCACAGCUAUUAUUUGCCACACCAUGCAGUCAUGAAACCGGACAGUACGACAACGAAGCUCAGAGUUGUUUUUGACGCCUCAUGUGCUACAGAUUCUGGAGUUUCCUGA